AGAAGUAAGAGUUAAAUAAUUUCCAACAUAAAUACUUGAAAAAUAUAGAUUGAUUAUCUUGAAAAAAUGACAUGACUAUGACUAUACUUGAAUUUUAUUCCAUAAAAAAAGACAUAUUGUAGAGCUAAAAGUAGGGCAGGAUAAAAACCUGUAUAUGGUUUUGGGUGGUUUAUCUCACAUUUUAUUCCCACUUUGAAUCUGAUGCCUCACUGAAAAGAUGAUGAGGUUUAAGCCACUGCUAGUUACAAUCCACAUGUGGGCAAACACAAAUUACUUUUAUAGGAACAAAUCUCCUCAUUGUUUUGCUGUUGAUAACUGGAGUGCUUUUCUGAUGUGGUCUCUGCUUGACUGUGCAGUGACUUAUUUCCUCUAUGAAGAGCUGUUUCUGUGCCUUACCACAUCACCACCAAGAGAAACUGAAAGCCUAACAAGCCUCUCUAAGCUGUGGGAGCUGCAGGACACUUGUCUCUCUUCUUUUCUGACAGAGAUUUUGCUCUUCUCAAAGAAAGGAGAGGCAGAAAUAUGAAUGAGCUACAAAAGGUAGUGGAUUUCUGCAUCCGCCACCAGACCAUUCUGGGUUGCAGCACUGUGUCCCUGCUGACAGUUGCCAGCGAGCGGAUCUUCUCAUCCGUGGUGUUCCAGUGUCCCUGCAAUUCUGGGAACAUGCUGUAUGGUUGUUCCUUCCUCUUAGUACCUGCCUGUGUCCUCUUUCUGCUCGGCUUCAUGGUGAAUCCCAGUACAUGGCACCUGUUGACAGGCAUGUGCUCUCAGGAGAAGCAUCCCCACUGCAGUACCUGGGAAGCCUGUGCCCACUUCUGCCAGGUGCUGGUGCCGAUGACAGCCAAAGCCUCGGUGGCCCCGCUCACCUGGAUAGCGGUGGCCCUGCUCGGAGCCAACUUCUACGAGUGUGCAGCCAGUGGGAGCAGUCUGCUGGAGAGGUUCUUCUGUAAAGACACUGGAGCUGACUGCCGAAACCAGCUGCUCAAAGUGCCUUGUGAUGAGGAAUUAUCAGCAAAUUUUACAAGUGGACGACUCAGCCUUCAGGCACAGUCCCAGCUGAUAGGAUGGUUCCUGAUAGCCAGCAUCAUAACUAUGGUACUGAUUUCAACAUGUGUCAGGCACUGUUGCUCCCCGGUCAGCUAUCUUCAGCUCAGAUUCUGGGAAAUUUACUCAAAAAAAGAACAGGAACUCUUUGAGAUCAAAGCCAAAGAACAUGCAACCCAGCUGGCAGAAAGGAAUACAACUUGCUUUUUUGAAACCGCUGAUCCAGAACCAUUUUGUACUCCCAGCAAUGAAGACUGGCAGAAGAUUUCAAACCCGUAUACCAUUAAUUCACAUGAGCAGUAUUACAGCAUGAUACACAAGUACGUGAACACCAACAGGGGCAAGGGCAUCAAAUUCAAGGGAGGUCAGGAUCGCACAGAUUCUACAAAUGUGGAUGGGAAUGAAACCCAGUCAGAACUUUAAGAGUUGUAAUGGAACAAAUCCCGUGCAAUGCUGGCAGUCUUUUAAAUUUACUCAUAUAAGUAGAAUCUUUUUCUCUGCUCUUACUGAAAUGUAUGCAAGGUGAAAGCUGUUAGUUGUAAAUCUCAGUAGAU